CCCUCAACGCCAAAUCCACGGAGACGGGUGGGAGACGGAAGGACCGUAGUGAACUUGGGAGGCUUUUUGAGUGUUCAACUCAUCCCAAUGUUCUAGAACUAUUUUUACGGACAGCAAAGCCAACAUGCUCAUUCAGGAAUUCCGAGUCGUCCUUCCUAUAUCAGUGGAAGAGUACCAGGUGGGUCAGCUGUAUUCUGUGGCUGAGGCCAGUAAGAAAGAAACGGGAGGAGGAGAAGGGGUGGAGGUACUCGUCAAUGAGCCCUACGAGAAGGAUGGAGAGAAAGGCCAGUACACCCACAAGAUCUACCAUCUGCAGAGUAAAGUGCCAAAGUUUGUACGCUUGCUUGCCCCCUCAUCUGCUCUCAACAUCCAUGAGAAGGCCUGGAAUGCAUACCCGUACUGUCGAACAAUCCUCACAAAUGAAUUCAUGAAGGACAAUUUCAUGAUUAAGAUUGAGACGUGGCACAAGCCUGACACGGGAGAGCGGGAAAAUGUGCAUGGACUAGAUGCAGACAUGUGGAAGGAUGUGGAGGUGAUUCAUAUAGACAUUGCUGACAAAAGCCAGGUGGAGACCAAGGACUACAAGCCAGAGGAAGACCCUGCCACAUUCAAGUCAGUCAAGACAGGCAGGGGUCCUCUGGGGCCUAACUGGAAGAAAGAACUGUCUAGCAACAGUAGCUGCCCCCACAUGUGUGCCUACAAGCUGGUUACAGUCAAGUUCAAGUGGUUUGGUCUACAGAACAGGAUUGAAAGCUUGAUUCAGAGGCAAGAGAAGCGGUUGUUUACAAACUUCCACAGAGAGCUGUUUUGCUGGAUAGAUAAAUGGAUCGAGCUAACCAUGGAUGAUAUUCGACGGAUGGAGGAGGAGACCCAGAAAGAGCUAGAUGAGAUGAGGGUGAAAGACCCAAUCAAAGGCAUGGCUGUAGCGGAGGACUGAAGCUGCUGGGACCCCCAUUGUGUUCUUGACCACUGGCCCAGGAGAGCAACAAGGCCCGAACAUUUAGCUGAAUCCCUAAUCCAACCUCCACUCCUCUCAACACAAUCCUGUUGAUCCAGUGGUGUACAAUUGGUACAAACUCCUUCUGGCCGAUAACCUGACAAGAUUUCACCAUGUCACUAACAUGUCACACAAUAUUUUUUUUUAAAUUUGGGAAUAACUUUGUUUUGGAGUUAUGUGUUGUUAUGAUUAGUAUUGUCUGCAAUUCACCAUAUGUUUACACAACCAAAGUUGUUAUCAAUGUUGACUAACUUCUAGUUACUGCUCUCUUAGAUAUUUUGCGUGUGUCACUCUCCUCUCUUUAUUAUUCACAUGGUUAUGGAGCAUUGUCCUCAGUGAUGGUAACUAAAUGCCCGCUAGCUAAGUGCCACUGUAAGUGACAUAGACAUAAUAAAAUUCUCUAUCACAGUCUGAAAUACAAUCAGCCUUUUUCUGCUAUUCUGGCACAUGUGCUAAUGCUAUAUGAUUUGGGACGUGGGGAAACAAAAAGUAAGUUAAGUACAAAAUAGGAAACAUAUCCUUAAAAGUCUGUGUUUACUCACAGGUUGGCCUGUUUUGUUUAAUUCAUUGUCUGUGUUUUACUGAGAUACAGUGCAAUGACUUUGACAAGAAAUGUUAUUAUUCAAUUAAAAAAACGAUGUUUAUACAGUUAA